AUGAAUUUCGGUGACAGUCUCUCUGGAGCAGAAUAUUUGGCAUCGAUCUAUGGUACAGAAAAGGACAAAGUUAAUUGUUCUUUUUUCUUCAAAACUGGUGCUUGUCGGCACGGCGAUAAAUGUUCACGAGCUCACCACACGCCAACGUUUUCUCCAACGAUUCUACUAAAAAAUUUCUAUCAUAAUCCAGUUGUGGAUGUGCGACAAGCAGAUGCUUUUGACAAGGUUGGCAGAAAAAAUGAAGAAGAGCAGAGGUAUUUUGAUGAAUUUUACGAGGAGGUUUUCACUGAGUUGGAGAGGAAGUAUGGAGAGGUGGAGGAAAUAAAUGUGUGCGAAAAUAUCGGCGAACACAUGGUGGGCAACGUGUACGUGAAGUUCGUUAGAGAAGAAGACGCGGAUAGAGCCUGUCGUGAUUUAAAUGACAACCGAUGGUUUAAUGGAGCGCCUAUCUAUGCGGAAUUAUGUCCGGUUACGGAUUUCCGCGAAUCUCGUUGUCGUCAACACGAGGUCAUCACCUGUUCUAAGGGAGGCUUUUGUAAUUUCAUGCAUCUCAAGGCAGUCAGCCCUGCCCUUGGUGAGAAACUAUUCGGAAGGCGAGGUAGGAGAGCUGAUUCUGCCGGUCACUAUCCAUCUCUUCGUGGUAUCGGAAGUGGUGGACGAGAUCGCGAUCGUCACGAAAGAGAAAGACGACGGGAUAGAUCACCAUACAGGGAUAGAAGACGUAGUCGUGACCGCGAUAGAGAUCAUAGACGUUAUUGA